AUGCUUCAAAACAAACAAAAAAUUUCACGUCCGCAACUUUUAGAAAUUAACUAUCGCGGUCGAAAAGUUCUUACUCCUCAUUUAAAAUUACAUUACGAUAUUGAAACUAAAGAAGUGAUUGUUCGUAUAAAAUCAGACAUCGGUAUUAGUUCUGAUGAUCCCACUGAUCUCGCUAUCGGUAUUGUAUCUCCCAACACUCCUGUUGAAGCUGAAGAAAAAACAAAUCCUUUUCUCUCUUUUCCAUAUAGAAAAAUUUUAGCCUCAAGAAAACGACUAAGAAAAAACCAUCUUCUGAUAAACCAAGAAGAAGAAGAAGUAGUAGAAAAAGAAGGAGAACAAGAAGGAGAACAAGAAGAUGAAGAAGAAGAAGAAGAAGAAGAAGAAGAAGAAGAAGAAGAAGAAGUGACUAGUUUCUUUCAUGUACCAUAA